AUGUCGACAUUUAUGCCCACCCAGCAAACCACCUCUCUUACCUCCAGUGAGGCCCGGUUGGUUAACAUGGGCCCUGCAGACGAGCUCUUGGACCCAGGGCGACAUGAGCUAAUCAUGCAGCUAUUACACACUAUUGAAGAGCCUGAAAUUGAUUCAACUGCAUGGGCUUGCCUGUGGUUUGCAGACCUUUCGAACAUACGACGCCUUCUCCAAAAGUGUGGCCAGUGUCAGGACUUUUGCUUCACGGUGAGAUUCGGCCUACAAAGUGAGAGCUUUAACAAAAUGAUCAAGACCCGUAAGUGGCUUGACCAACCAUACGAAGAAGUACUAGCUAAUGCAACAUCAGGGGCCGCUCGCUCCAAGAACCAACUGUAUGCAGCCAGGUCCGACGAAGACUUGAAGGAAUACUGUGAGGACCCCGAAGAACCGGAGAUCGAAGAAGCUCCAACCAAAAAGCGGCGGCGUGCUUCCAGUUCACAAAAGCCUUCUGAAAUCUCUAGACGGAGCGCCGAGCAAGGAUCUGAAUAUUCUUCAGCGAUAGCUUCCUCUGCGACGGUAAGAUCUGAAAAGAAUUCACUUCUUUGUCGUAUAUCUGACUAA